AUGGAUGAUGAAUCAGAUGUUUUGAGAGAUAAAUCGAGUGUUAGAGGAGAUGUGAAAAAUCGACAAGAAAAUGGAGGAGGCAUUCAAACAAAUCAACCACCGCAACAACAGUCAUCUCCACAAAUAUUGACUGUUGUUGAGAUUGAUACCACUUCUAUUCAGCUAGUAGAAGACAGCGGCAAAGAGGAGAAAAUGAAGGAGCAAGUGAAUCUUCGAAGGAAUCUUCGAUCGGCAGUUUCACUUCGAGACGAGAGCAACACUUCACCGACCCCUCCACCCCGACGACUCUCGUUGAGAAGACAGACAGUGCAGACAGCUUCAGAAUACAGUGGACUGAACAGUCCAGAUCGACGAAGUCUUGUCUCUUUACCGAGGGGAAGACUGUAUUUCCCGUCGAAUGGUCUCCCAGCUACACCAGAAGAGCCGACUCGAACCGUCAGGAAAGAAAAACGAACGAUGUUCAGCUGGCUGGGUGGCGAUUCGUCGAAAAAAAAGAACAAAGAGGUGUUGGAGAGCGUCUCGGAAGGCCUCCGGAAGAUCUACAAGCAAAAGCUUUACCCGCUCGAAGAGUUCUACAAGUUCAAUGAGUUCCAUUCACCGUUCCUUGAUGAUCCCGAUUUCGAUGCCAAACCGAUGAUUCUACUCGUUGGACAAUACUCGACAGGAAAGACUACAUUCAUUCGAUAUUUGCUUGAGCAGGAUUUUCCUGGCAUCCGGAUCGGACCCGAGCCGACGACCGAUCGCUUCAUUGCGGUGAUGAAUGCAAACGAAGAGGGUGUGAUUCCCGGAAAUGCGCUCGUCGUCGAUGCAAAGAAACAAUUCAGAGCACUUAGCGGAUUUGGAAACGCUUUCUUGAACCGUUUCCAAUGCUCGACCCUUCCCAAUCAAGUGCUCGAAAGCGUGACCAUCGUCGACACUCCCGGAAUUUUGAGUGGUGAGAAACAGAGAAUCGACCGAGGCUAUGAUUUCACCGGUGUUCUUGAGUGGUUCGCCGAACGCGUCGACAGGAUCAUUCUCCUCUUCGAUGCCCACAAAUUGGAUAUUUCGGACGAGUUCAAGAGAUGUAUUGAAGCAUUGGCAGGCAACGAGGACAAGAUCAGGAUUGUGCUCAACAAAUCGGAUAUGGUCGACCAUCAACAGCUAAUGAGGGUGUACGGAGCCCUGAUGUGGUCGCUCGGCAAAGUGUUCAAAACGCCCGAGGUUUCACGCGUCUACAUUGGCACUUUUUGGGAUCAUCCAUUGCACUAUGACAUCAAUAGGCGUCUCUUCCAAGAUGAACAACACGAUCUCUUUGCCGACUUGCAAGCUUUGCCAAGAAAUGCCGCUCUUCGCAAAUUGAAUGAUCUCAUCAAACGAGCUCGUUUGGCCAAGGUUCAUGCUUACAUUAUCAACGAGCUGCGAAAGCAAAUGCCAACCAUGCUCGGAAAGGACAAAAAGAAGAAGGAACUCAUUCAAGGAUUGGACAAAAUUUACGAGCAAUUACAAAGAGAGCACAACAUCUCACCCGGAGAUUUCCCCGAUAUUCAGAAAAUGAGGGAAAAGUUGGAGAAACAUGACUUCAGCAAGUUCAACCCACUGAAGCCCAAGUUGAUCGAGGUUGUUGAUGGAAUGUUGGCUCAUGAUAUCGCCCGUUUGAUGACACAAAUUCCAAAGGAGGAAGCGGCCGCCAUUACUGCAGGUGGACCCGGCCCAACCGAGCCAGCUGUUCGAGGUGGCGCUUUCUCGCAAGCCGUCGAAGCAGAAACACCAUUUGGAUUCGGAAAGGGUGAAGGUUUCGACAAGGGUGCCGAUGAAACGGAAUGGGUGGUCAACAAAGAACGCACACAAUUCGACUCGACUUUCGAUGAUUUGGGUCCAGUGGGCGGAUAUUUGUCAGGCAGAGUUGCCAAGGAGCAUAUGGUAAAGUCGAAACUGCCGAACUCGGUGCUCGGAAAGAUCUGGAAGUUGGCUGACGUGGACAAAGAUGGACAACUUGACUCGGAUGAGUUUGCUCUUGCCAACUACUUGAUCAAUUUGAAGUUGGAAGGUCACGAGUUGCCGUCAGACCUGCCAAAGCACUUGGUGCCUCCAUCAAAGAGAAGUGUUGCCAAUGGAACCGCCGACCAAUUCUAUCCGAAGCUUGAAGACGAUGAG